AGGGCACCAUCAAGUGGAGGGAGGACCACAUUGCCAAUAAACGGUCCCUGAAUUCCAAAUUCUGGAAGCACGUGAGGUACCAAAUGCCUGUGCCAAGCAAAAUGCCCAGAAAGGCCUCCAGUUUGACUUCCUUGGCAGCCCAGAAGCAAUAGUGCCUGCUGUGAUGUGCAAAGGCAUGUGAGUUUGAAGCUCUCCUAACUUCUCCUAGCUGGCCCAUGCCCCUGCACUGAAGUGUGAGGAGUAGGAAUGUCAAAGGGAUCCGGCCUCAGGUUUUAUCUGUCAGGAGGCGGGGAUCGCUGCUUCUCACCUACUUUCCGAACUUGGCCUCCGCAGUCACGACCUGGUGUGAAGGAGGAGCUGCCGCCCCCGCCCCAGCCUCGGGGACGCCCCUCUGAAGAGAAGCCGUUUGAAGCAGAAUCCAAACCAUGAAUUGUAGAGAAUUACCCUUGACUCUUUGGGUGCUUAUAUUUGUAAGCACUGCAGAAUCUUGUACUUCACGUCCCCACAUUACUGUGGUUGAAGGGGAACCUUUCUAUCUGAAAUAUUGUUCGUGUUCACCUGCACAUGAGAUUGAAACAAUCACCAAAAGCUGGUACAAAAGCAGUGGAUCACAGGAACGUGUGGAGCUGAAUCCAAGGAGUUCAUCGAGAAUUGCUUUGCAUGGUUGUGUUUUGGAGUUUUGGCCAGUUGAGUUGAAUGACACAGGAUCUUACUCUUUCCAAAUGGAAAAUUAUACUCAGAAAUGGAAAUUAAAUGUCAUCAGAAGAAAUAAACACAGCUGUUUCACUGAAAGACAAGUAACUAGUAAAACUGUGGAAGUUAAAAAAUUUUUGCAGAUAACCUGUGAAAACAGUCACUAUCAAACACUGGUCAACAGCACAUCAUUGUAUAAGAACUGUAAAAAGCUACUGGAGAACAAUAAAAACCCAACGAUAAAGAAGAACGCCGAGUUGGAAGACCAGGGGUAUUACUCCUGCGUGCAUUUCCUUCAUCAUAAUGGAAAACUAUUUAACAUCACCAAAACCUUCAAUAUAACAGUUGUGGAAGAUCACAGUAAUAUAGUGCCAGUUCUUCUUGGACCAAAGCUUAACCAUGUUGCAGUGGAAUUAGGAAAAGAUGUAAGGCUCAACUGCUCUGCUUUGCUGAAUGAAGAGGAUGUAGUUUAUUGGAUGUUCGGGGAAGAAAAUGGAUCGGAUCCUAAUAUACAUGAAGAGAAAGAAAUAAGAAUUAUGACUUCAGAGGGCAAAUGGCAUGCUUCAAAAGUAUUGAGAAUUGAAAAUAUUGGUGAAAACAAUCUAAACGUUUUAUAUAAUUGCACUGUGGCCAGCACGGGAGGCACAGACACCAAAAGCUUCAUCUUGGUGAGAAAAGCAGACAUGGCUGAUAUCCCAGGCCAUGUCUUCACAAGAGGAAUGAUCAUAGCUGUUUUGAUCUUGGUGGCAGUAGUGUGCCUAGUGACUGUGUGCGUCAUUUAUAGAGUCGACCUGGUUCUAUUUUAUAGACAUUUAAUGAGAAGAGAUGAAACAUUAACAGAUGGAAAAACAUAUGAUGCUUUUGUGUCUUACUUAAAAGAAUGCCGACCUGAAAAUGGAGAGGAGCACACCUUUGCUGUGGAGAUUUUGCCCAGGGUGUUGGAGAAACAUUUUGGGUAUAAGUUAUGCAUAUUUGAAAGGGAUGUAGUGCCUGGAGGAGCUGUUGUUGAUGAAGUCCACUCACUGAUAGAGAAAAGCCGAAGACUAAUCAUUGUCCUAAGUAAAAGUUAUAUGUCUAAUGAGGUCAGGUAUGAACUUGAAAGUGGACUUCAUGAAGCAUUGGUGGAAAGAAAAAUUAAAAUAAUCUUAAUUGAAUUUACACCUGUUACUGACUUCACAUUCUUGCCCCAAUCACUAAAGCUUUUGAAAUCUCACAGAGUUCUGAAAUGGAAGGCCGAUAAGUCUCUUUCUUAUAACUCAAGGUUCUGGAAGAAUCUUCUUUACUUAAUGCCUGCAAAAACAGCCAAGCCAGGUAGAGACGAAUCGGAAGUCUUGCCUGUUCUUUCAGAGUCUUAAUCUUCAGAAACACUGAAUGGCAAAUAGAACUCAAGAUACUCUGGGGACUGAGCGUAUGAACCUGUUCAUAACAAAGGCUGUGACUCAAAAUAUUUAACUCUGUAAAAAUCCUGUUCACAAUUUGAAGAUGAACUAGUCAUUAGGUUGGUGGGAAUAAAACUAAAGAUUGUGCUGUGGGCUGUGGUCACGUGCUCUCAGAAGACCUGGAAUUCAAAAGAAAUGGAGUUCUUCUUUUUCUCCCUCUUUCAUACCUGGAUGCAGCUGCUCUUACUCAAUCCCAUAUUCAGCAAGUGUGAAGCGGGGCGUGAUGCAAAAUAACCUGUGCCCUACAAAAAGGGCACAUCUUGAAGAGUUUUAAUGCCAGUACUUAAUUUGAAUGA